AUGCAAAUUAUCUCCGUAAUUUGGAUAGGAGGAGGCUGCUUCGGUUCAAAUGGCCCCUAUAUUACAUCAAUUAUUGCAUCAUCUAUCACAAUUAUCCUUAUUAUCUCAAUUUGUAUCCGAGCAAGAGUUUAUGCAAGUUAUAAAUCAAUGAAACCUAUCGAAAUCAAUAUAAUGUUCGCUAUCUCAUCAUAUAUCUUCCCAAUUUUAACAAGUUUUACCACAAAUUGCGUUGGCUCGACGAUAUAUAACUUUGUAAAAGGAAAUGUCGAAGCAGUCCAGGUUGUUGGCUUUAUCUUAGCCAUAAUAGCAUUUUUUGUGCAGGUAUAUAUGCAAUACAACUUCAUUUCUCCAAGAGUUAUGUUCCUUCACGAUGUUAUGUUGAUGUGGACACCAGGAUCAGCCGCUCUAGUUACAUUUGCCUUAGAAAUUAACUCAGCUUUGUUCACAGCUACUAUCCAAUCUGAUAAAAUUUCAUCAACCGUUGAACUUGCAGUUAUUUUUAUUAUUUCAUAUGUUAUUGGUAUCUAUUUGUUCCUUGACUCAAUGUUUCUUAACAAAAUAUACGGUAACAUCUUUUGUUCCAUGCUUAUUUCAAACGGAUCAUCAAGUAUAUUGAACAUUGUAGCACUUUACACGAAAAUUGACUAUAAUAUCUUGUUCUUUAUUAUAAUUAUCUUUGUUAUUCUUUCAUAUUUGAUAUUACAUUUCAUGCAUUCGAAAUUUUCACAAAUUUCUAUGGUCAGACUUGAUUCUGCAUCACAAGAUGAGUAUUUCUAUGGUCGUAGUGACAAUUUAGCACGUGAUGUUCGUAGGUCAUUAGAUUAUUGUUCACCAGGUAUCUUCAUGUUCCCUAUUUACGACCAAUUCCUUGAAGAAAACAAUGAUAUCAAAGACAUGUUGUUUGUUUAUGUUCGUAUUGUUUCAGCUUUUCCUAGUUAUAAAUACAAACUUGAAGUUGUUGAUGAUUAUCUUAAGAAAUCAUCAAUAAACUGUCGUAGUUUGUUGAAUUUCCAAGUUCAGUUGUUAUUAUGUCAUCGAAAUACAGCUGCUACAUCAAAAAUAGUCAAAAAAUUUGAUUCUAUUGACUCAAUUUCAAAAAUUUUGACAAGUAACACGAAAAAGUUUUGGGAGAAUGUUUUACAUGGAAACACAGAUGCCUUUUGGCCAAGUUUGUUAACAUGCGAUUCAUUGUCACGCGAGAUGUCAAAAGAGAUCAGUCAACUUGUCAAUAACUACAUUUAA